AUGGGCCUGUUUAACUUGCUCGCGCUCACCGUCGAGACGUUGGUGCUGGGCGUGUACGUCGUGGUCCCGCUCACGUCUUCAAAUGGCUACACUCUUCUUGUCUCUGACGUGCGAUUUGCACUGCAGUUUCAUCAGUCGUUGGCGCUCCAGGCGCUGCUGUCGGUGCUCCGUCUGCUCCUGUUUGUGUACAUCAGACGUCGCAAUAAGCGCGUGCCGUCGACGCGGUGCUUUGUCUUCGUCGUCUCGCUGGUAGAAGUCGUAGUCUGUGCUCUGGGCUCGCUGCAGCUGCUGCUGUAUCUGGAUGGCAAGCACGUUGAUACGUUUUCCAAGUACCGUCGGGUCUCCUGGGGCGGUCUCUACAUUAUUGCGCUUGGCUUGAUGGCAAUUCUAAGCACGAUGCUGCAGCUGGGGUACAUCCUACAGCUUAACAAGAGUCGUGGGAGGUUGUCCGAUGACAAGCUGCUGAGGGAUGUGUUGGGGGAGACGCCGCGGGCCAAGUGGAGGUCCAAGUGGGCCACGCUCGGUAAACAAUUGGCUGGACGACAAAAGCACAAGGACACGACAUUUGAAGCAAUGGUGAGACUUUACGCUCAUCAAGACGGUGCCGUGGAUCAAUUGGCGGCGUCAUCGGAUCAAGAUGAAGGCGAGUUUGAGUUUUAUCUACCGCAAUUGUGCGGCUUUCUACUCCUAGGAGCGUUUGCACGAUCUCCACAGUUGUAUACAAUGCUACUGCGGAAAUGUAGUGUGUCGUACGUGUUUGCACACAAAAUGCUGUGGUACUUGCAGUCAUGCUGCCUAAAAAACCCAGCUUUUGUCUCGGAAACUGAUGUGCAGCGUGUACAGAAAUUAAUCAAAGAUGUAGCGGAGUAUGGUGCCGUGCCAGCUGUGGCAUCUGCUGGUCCGCUAAGUCCGGCUAACUCGGAGCUCUAUCAGUUGGGCGCAGGCCGCGAUUCAGACGGAGGUGAAAAUUCGCGAGAAGAUGAAGCGCUGUUGCCUGGAUUGCGAGAUGACCAUUACGCUACUUUUGAGGAGACGAAUGAUAUUGAGAGAGGACUAGCGAGCUCUACAUUACCUAGUAUGCCUCACAUCCCUGGUACUGAGCCUUUCGAGCUCGAGACCGCAUUUUUGCGCUCUUUAGCAAAUGUGUCGUCGAAUUUGCGUGCUGUAGCGUACAACAGUCGCAACGACAUGCUUCGUGUUUGGCUGCAAGACUUGGAAGCUCAGUACUUGCCCAGCAAUUCGCUUUAUCUUCCGGUCGGGAACUCCUAUCAUCGAUUGAAGCACAUCCAUGUCGACGAAAGUUUUACUUUUUCGACACGGGAACGUGUACCAUUUUUAUUGUGCGCUGAGGUUGUGGACUACCCGUCUUCUCAACAAGAGCACGCCGCUCGGAACAAAGGCCGCCGUAGUAUGUUUAACGGCCGUCGCUUCACGCUGGGUUUGUGGGAUGCUGGUACUAAUCCAGACUCGACUUCAAAUUGCGCGUCUGCGGAGUGCACGCCGUUGAUGUCACCCGAUGCUUCUAAGCUUGGGUUUUGGAGUGAGUCGCGCAUACUCAACAGCCCAACCAGACUUCGGUCGUUUUCACACCACAUUUCCAACAAGAUGGCACAACCAACAGAGCUGCUGCAUGGUCUACUUAACUCGCUUGCCGGUAAGAACUCUGGGAGUAAGACUUACGAUUCAAAGGACGAGGCUUUGUUGAGUAAGGCGGAAAGUCACGAGUAUGACGAGGACACGACCUCUUCUUUUCGUAACUUGCCUGAAAGAUGUCAGAGUCAGCCAUUUUUUGAGAGCUUAGGUGCGUUCUCGAAGCAAACAGAACGCGUUCAUACGAGUCCACCGGGGCUUCAAUUCGCGGCUCCUUCAUCUAUCGUGCCCAUUUCCACAGACGUUGGUGUGAGUGACUCGGAGAGCAAUGGAAGCGGGCCGUGGUCACCACAUUCAGACACGGCGCAGUCGCCUCAGUCGGAAAGCUCGGCGUGCUCAGCUCAUCAUCUUGUACGCCUUGACAGUACUGAUCAAUUUUUGCAAGAUCUGACCGAGCGUGACUCGAAGCUUGAGGAAGCUGAGAAAGCUGAGGAUACUGGUCUGCCUUCUGAGAAGUGUCGUCAGACUGUGGGAGGUGAGCCACCUUGCGUGAUUUUUAAGGAGCGAUGGGCGGACAAGGAACGUCGUAUUCAAGCGACAUCCCCCUACGGACAGCUUCCAGGCUGGCGAUUGUUGCCUGUGAUUGUUAAAAGCGAUGACGAUCUCCGUCAGGAACAGUUGGCUUUGCAACUGAUCCGCCAGUUUGCGAAGGUAUUCGAAGAAUUCAAGGUACCUGUUUUCAUCCGACCGUACGAUGUGAUUGCCAUAUCUGCUACUUCGGGACUUGUGGAGGCAAUCUCGGACACGAUAUCAAUUGACUCGCUGAAACGCAACGAUCGCGAAUUCACGACGCUGUUGAACUUUUUUACCAGACAUUUUGGUGAUCCUGGGACGCCUGGGUUUCAUCGGGCUCGGUCGAACUUUGUGAGUAGCAUGGCUGGCUAUGCGAUCGUGUGCUAUCUUUUACAGAUUAAAGACCGCCACAACGGCAACAUUUUGCUGGAUGCUGAGGGCCAUAUUAUCCAUAUCGAUUUCGGCUUCAUUCUGGCCAACAACCCGGGCAACAUGGCCUUUGAGCAGGCUCCUUUCAAGCUGACGGCCGACUUUGUCGAGCUUAUGGGCGGUCCGCGUUCCGCACAUUUUCGUCGGUUUCGGUCGCUUUGCGUGCGGUCAUUCCUUGUCGCACGGAAGUAUCGUCACCGAUUCGUUUUGCUUGUGGAGAUGAUGCUGCAUGGCAAUGAACAUCUCCCUUGUUUCGGCGGGGAUCCUAAGUACACUGUCGAGCGCCUCGCCGCACGCUUUCAGCCAGAUUUGGAUAUCAACUCUUGCGAGGACUUUGUGCAUGAACUCAUCGAUGCAUCACUCGACAACUGGCGCACACGCUGGUAUGACAAGUACCAGCGCUGGAUUGUCGGUGUCUUUUGA